AUGGUCAUACAGACGGCAACCAAGGCGGGGCCACGCUUGCGAGACUCUUCGUUUCCCAGUGAGAGCACGUUGCGUGACCUGGAGGGCGAAGAGAGCGACGAUGGAGCGGCGCUAGAUUACUUUCAGAACACAGCAGCUGAGGCUGAGGAUAGUGAAGAUCUUCCAGAGGACAGCAAGGCAGCAGAGGCAGUGUGGCAGGCGAUGCAGAAUUUUGGCAAGGCCAAGCUCGGUGAUGGGCCGCUUGCUGAUGGCCAGGGGGACUGCUGGGAAGGCUUGGACCACAUCCUUGAUGCGGAUACAAGCAGCGGGGAGGCAGACACAGAGAACAGCACGGACGAGUCAGACUCGGAUGAGAUCAGCAUCACAGACAUCACCUGCGACUUCGGCGAGGGGCUGAAGCUGGAGCACGCCUUCACCAUGUGCACGCAUGUGCCGCGCCUGCGAGUCUACUCAGCGAGUGAGACGAGCGGGUCGGGCCGGCGGCCGCGCAGCCUGGCGACGCCAGGGCAGCAUGGGAUGCUGAUGCCGGGCGAGAAGCAGCGCUUGAAGCGCGCUAAGGUCGACGCCAAGCGCGCCGCCCGCGCCGCCGCGAAGGGCUUCGAUGCGGCGGCCAUUGUGUCGCAGCUUGAAGCGUUCGUGCUGGCGGAAGGUGACAUGAAGGCGUUCCCGCCAAUGAGCCUCUACGCGAACGCAUUUGUGCAGAAGGCGGCGGGCCUGUACGGGCUCAAGUCGGGGCAGCAGGGCAGCGGGCGCAAGCGGUUUGUCAUCGUGGCGGCCACCAAGCACACGCGCCUGCCAGAGGCAGCCGAGCGCGAGAGGCUCGCGCACAUGCUGGCAUCCAAUGACAACGCCGCCGCUGCCCUGCGCCCCCUCGUCACCAAGCCCAGCACCUCGGGCAAGGGCAACAGGGUAAAGAAGUUGCAGGCGAGGAAGCAGGGCAACACCACCACGCCGGUACGGUACAAUCAGCCGGUGGGCUUUGUCUCCAGUGGCGUUGUGGACCCCUACCAGGUGGAGCACACAGUCAUCCAGCCAGCGCUGGGGGGCCUGGGGGCAGAUGCGCCUGAUCUGGCGUCGAUGCCCCAGCUGCAUGACAGCGCGAUGGAGCCGCAGCUGCUGCAUGGGAUGUUACCUGCCGAAGAGCCCAUGGACAGGUGGCAGCUGCCGGACGUGAUGGAGGAGGAGCCUAGGCCAGGGUCACCACUGCUGGAGGAGCUGCAGAUGAAUGUAGAUGAGGAGCUCCUGAACGCAGACUCUGCCGUGCACACCGGCCUGGGCUUUGGCGCGCGCGGCGUCGGCAAGCGCUGCUUGAGCGAGCUGGGUUCGAGCAGCCACAGCCGGGCAGCCACGGUGAGCGGGGAGGAGAAUGAGCCGGGGGAACUAGGGGAGUGUGGGGACCGGGUCUCCCAGCUGCAGCCGGGGAUCUUCACCACACGCGCGCAGCUGAAGCGCGCCAACAAGAAGCGCGAGAAGCUUGCACGCCGCGCCGUGCUCGCCCGUGCCGGCAACGUCGCGCCGCCGCCGGGGCCGGCCACCGAGGACCAUGCCCCCACUGCCAUGAUCGUGGAGACCAGCCUGCGCUUUGGGAGCUUCGAGCGCCACACCACAGGCUUUGGAUCGAGGAUGCUGGCCAAGUAUGGCUUUGAGGGCCAGGGUGCGGGCCUUGGCAGGAAUAGCCAAGGGCGGGCAGAACCAAUCAACGCUGUCAUGCGGCCCAAGAAUCUGGGCCUGGGCGCCAAUGGCGGCUGA